AUGCCCAGGAAACUUUUUGCAUGACCGAACAAUGAGAAGCCGGUCAUGAUGUUUAGGGCUACUUUGAGCAAAGAGAUCCGUCCAGUCUGCCACUAGUUCAUGCAAGAUUCAAUGGAGAUCUUUAUGGAUAAUGAGAUGAAGUUGAUGCUGCAUGGGCUGCAGCAGUACUACAUGAAACUGAAGGACAACCAGAAGAACUGGAAGCUCUUUGACCUUCUAAAUGUCCUUGAGUUCAACCAGCUGAGGAUCUUUGUGAAGUCUGUGCAGCAGCACAUUGCCUUGGCCCAGCUACUGGUGGAGCAGAACUUCCCAGCCAUUGCCAUCCACCUGGUGAAUUCUUGUGGCUACCAACCUACUUGGCCGAGGAAUGGACAUUGAGCGGGUGAACAUGGCUUUUAAUUAUGACAUGCCUGAGGAUUCUGACAGCUACCUGCAUUGGGUGGCCAGAGCCGGCUGGUUUGGCACCAAGGGCUGGGCUAUCAAAUUUGUGUCCGAUGAGAAUGAUGCCAAGAUUCUCAAUGACAUGCAGGCUCACUUUGAGGUCAAUUGUAGUGAGUUGACUGAUGAGAGAGACAUCUCCUCCUACUUUGAAGGACAUGGUAGAGGACUCCCCCACUGCAAAAUGUGACCAUCUGUCCUUCAGGAAAGGACACAUCAGGGUAGGGGUGAAGGAGACACCAGUGGCCCCACCCCUGACAGCUCUCACCCCAUGGCUUCCUUCUUUUGCCUCAUCACCACUCCUGAACCCCCAUUUCUGAUUUGUCAGACUGUUUUUUAACAAAA